AUGGCUCACAAGAAUCGCAAUUUACCGCGUCCGACACCUCAAUUGUAUGCACCUCCGGCUGUUUAUCAGCGUCAAGUUAGCCCCCUUGUCAUAUCUCACACUUUAAUGCAGGCGACGUCUCCACAGGUUUACAUACCUCCAAAUUUGCCUGAUUUACGGCUUUUCUAUCCUUCUGGGCCGCCAUACGACCACCAAACCUAUGAGGGGACUAGUUUCUGGUCACGUAGUACCUCCUACUACAAGCGUCCUCCGUUCAUGCUCUAUUCGCGCGAUCCUCGGAUCAUUCCUGGUGUCUCUCGUGUCUCAAACAAGAACAGUCCUUCGGAAUCUGUUGAUGCAGUUGAACAUUAUUGUGAGGUUUGCAAAGUCAGUUGUGUGGGCAAACAGUCCUAUACUGCUCAUUUGGCGGGUCAAAAGCACAAAAAGAAGUCAAAACAACAGGAGCAACAGCAGAUGACUGACGGAACGGUACAUGAGACUGAGGGAAGCAUAGUCUGCUUCUGCAACAUCUGUCAAGUCGCCUGCCACAGUCGCAUGGUUUUUGAUGACUACAUAGUCGGUUACAAGCGCCAACACAAUACCCAACUCUUAAUCAAUAAUGAAAAGACUAAAUAUCCCUGCAAAUUCCUCGGCAUUGUUUGCAUUAGGAAGGUCUCCAACGAUGCUCGCUUUUGGGGCUCAAAACACAAAAAGAACGUGUCAGCAUCCGCUACCAAACGUCUAGGCUGUGUAGUGUGUGGGGUGGAGUGUAACAGUCGAGUCUCCUAUGAGGAGCAUAUAACCAGCCAGAAGCACAGGAGAAAUACCCAGCAGCAAUGUGCUGACAGGUCCCAUGUUUGCAAGCUCUGUCGGAUUGAUUGCAAGACGAAGGCAGCCUUUGACAGCCACGCUCCAGAGGAGACAGGAGGGAAGACAAAGGAGCUGCAGUGCCCUCUAUGCAACAUAAAGUGCAGCGGCACUGACACGUACAGGGCUCACUUAUCGGGCAAGCAGCAUCAGAGGGCUGUCAAACUGCAGACGGCGCGAGGUUCCGCUGUACCCGAUUGCGAGACUGUGCUAGCCGGCGCUGACCAAAAAAAGUGGAUCUUUUCACCCCAUGUUAAUCUAGAAAACUGUAUCGAGGAGGUUCUAGUGGGCAAGGUAGUGCACUUUCGCUGUCGUCUCUGUGACUGCACCUUCAGUGAUGUAAAGGCGAAGAACGUUCACGCAAAUGGCAAGAAGCACCAGACUGCUCUGCGCAGAUUUAAAGCUGCCUCUUCACUCCCUUUCUCCUCGGUCUCCCAUUCAGCUCUGCCUGCUCAGAAUGAUAAGGCGUCAAGCGGCAACAGUGACUCCACUGCCUCACCUCAGCCAGUGUCACCACACGGCCUGCCACCUACCUCAUCCACCUGUUCCAUCUCCCCCUCCCCCAUCCCCUCAACAUCAUACUUCGGCGGUAGGUCUCACGUUCCCCCCAUGGGAUCCACUUUAGCCCGGCCUCCAGGGCCUUGUGUAGCCCCGCCCGGGCUGCAGACUCCAGUCAGUCUACCGCCGCAUGUGCUCGCGGACGAGCGCUACAUGCAGACAAAGCUAAGACGCAUUGCACCCUCGGAAGAGGAGAACGCGACAGUUGCUGAUAACGGAGACUUCUACGGUUGUUCCAUGGAUUAUGUGAUGGCUGGAUGA